AUGGAGGAUCAAAAGCAGAUGAGUUUCACGUUUGAGAUAGAUAACUUCUCCGAGAAGGAAGGUCUGAUACUAUCUCCACAAUUCUCAAGCGGCGGCUGCAAAUGGAUUGUUCAGGUUUAUCCCAAAGGAGAUCGUGUUGAAGAUCACUUGUCUCUGUUCCUCACCGUUGCGAAUCCUGAAUCAUUGCGACUUGGGUGGAAAAGGAGCGCUAGUUUUUCAUUCGUUCUGUUGAAUCAAUCAGGCAAAGAGAUAGACACAACAUGUGAAUGGCCAUGCAGCUUGUUCUGCGCUCAGGUCUCAGGAUGGGGUUUUGCAAAGGCGGUGCCUCUUAAAAAGCUUCAAGAAAAAGGGUUUUUGGAGAAGAACAAACUGAUCGUUAAAGUCCAAGUAAAAGUAGCUGAAGUUGUUGAUGAAGCACAAGUAACCGGGAAGGAGAUGUUAGAUGUCAGAGGUUUCCAAGUUCUUUAUUCCCAGGCCGUUCCAGUUAGUUGGAUUUUCGAGGAACACCCUGACAUUGCAGUGAAUUUCAAACCAAAAAGCCAAUUGAUGAAGGCAACAUACAUGAAUAUACUCCUUGGUCUUAUCGAUACACUGAACAAGCCUCCACAUAGCUUAUCCGAGACUGAGCUAAGCAAUGGUCAGAACGAGUUGAUCGAUCUAACUGAAGUAGGCUUCAAGCUAGACUGGUUGAAAACAAAGCUUGAUGACGUUUCCUUGGAGAGGAAGAAAACAAAUGCUGAUGGUUCUCGAGUCAAAGAGCUCGAGGAACAAGUCAAGAAUCUCAACCUUGAACUGGACACAGAGAAGGCCAAGUCUGCUACUUCUGCUGCUAAAGUUAUGUCAUUAGAGCAGACGGUGUCUGAUCUCAGAGCUGAGCUGAGCAAGGAGAAGGCCAAAUUUAAAGACGUGUUCGAGGGUGUUCUUCACUCUUGGGAAGUAUUGAAUUACUCAGAUCUCAGUAUUCAAAAAACAGAGUAA